ACUCAGCCUAUACGGAUGAGUAACUGAUAUAGUGUGUUACAUGUAUGUGGCUGGAUUGAUUAAUUCAUGGCCUAAGCGUACGGUGUCUUUAAGAGCAGGUAGUACCAACUUGUUCUCUAUGCGCUACCUAGUUUGAUUCCUCAUAGUGGCAGUUGUUAAAGAAUAGGUGAUUGGGACUGUCCAUCAUUGGAUUAGUACUACAGAUUGGAGAACAUAUAAAAGAGAGGCGGGAGCAUGAUCGGGAAGAGACAUACGCGGCACGCGGCUUGGCGCGGAAAAAAAAAAGAGAAUAGUUCUUUUUGUUCCAGUCGUAUCCCGUUUUAAUAUCGGGGACGUACCUUUCGGUGGGAAUCUAAGUCCCACCGUGCUAUUUAUAUUUAGAUAUAGCACGUCUUUUGAGGCUUUAGUUCAGAGCUGAGUUUGUCUAUUGGUAAAUACGCCACUUCAUUACGGUGGCUAGGAGCUAAUUCGUAUUUGCAUAUGGUGGAUAUUUCUGUUCCCCCCUUUUCCUUUGUAGUAGGGCAACUUAAGCAAUGUGGUUUUAUUUUGUUCGGGAGUGACGCCCUAAUUGCAACUGAGUAAGCCUUGGACGUACCGGGCAUUACGGCAUAUGGAGCUGCUCAGAUAGCGCCUCCAGCUACCGUGAGACCGUAAGAGUCUUAACAGCACAGACGGAGGUAGCGGAAUUCCUGGUCUCACACCCUUUGAGCAACUAGUUGCUGCGAUGAUUGGGGACAUCGCGGCAUUGGAGGACCCACUCUGAGCAGCCAGACACGCCCAUCCACCACGAGCAUGCCUGCACUGCGGCUGCUGCUGGGCCCGGCCCUCCUCUGCCUGCUCUAUGACUCGCUGUGCCGUGCUGCCUGUGUGGAAGUAGACUCGGAUACCGAGGCUGUGGCUGGACAUGGCUUCAAGCUGGGCUGCAUCUCCUGUAAGAUGAGAGGGGAAGUUUCUGCCAGUGCUACUGUUGAUUGGUUCUUCAAGGCCAAAGGGGAGAGUGACUUUGUUCAGAUAUAUAGCUAUGAGGAUGAGACUGCUACAAUCAUGGAUGAACGCUUUGAUGACCGACUUUACUGGAAUGGCAGCAAGAAGACAACUGACCUGCAAGAUGGUUCCAUUUUUAUACUCAAUGUCACCUUCAAUGACACAGGCGUCUACCGAUGCUUCUUUGAACGUAUCCUCACAUACAACGACUACGAAUUUCACACUAAUGCUACCAAAUUCAUCCACAUCAACGUAGUGGCCAAGGCCACCAGAGGGAUGGCGUCCAUUUUGUCAGAGGUGAUGAUGUAUGUGUCUAUUAUUGGACUACAGCUGUGGUUGGUGGUGGAGAUGGUCUACUGCUACCGGAAGAUAGCAGCAGCUGGUGAGGAGGCACUUCGAGAGAGCGCGGCUGAAUAUCUAGCUAUAGCUUCAGAGAGUAAAGAUAACUGUGCUGGAGUGCAGGUGGCAGAAUAGCACAGGUAACAUGCGUGGCUUUUUCUUUUCCUUAUCUAUGCUACCUUGCUCUGGAAACAUCCCAGGAUACAAUACAGAGUACUUUGCUAACGUUUUAUUUUUGUAAUCUGUGAUCAACAACAUUGAUGUGUUGUUACAUAAAGCAUUAACGACAAGUUAAUUCCUUGAAAUAUGUCCAUCAUAUUUUUAGUUUUACAUCAACAAAAAAAAUCUAUGACAAACCUGUAUGUACAUUAGGACUAUUUUAAUGUGAAGAAAAUUGAAGACUUAAUUUUUUUGUAUUUUAGUAUUAAAUAUGGUGUGGGUGAUGGGUGUUAUAUAAAUGUAUGAAAAAGUAACUAGUACAGAUUGAUUCUUAAACCAAAAUAAUGGGCAUAUUGAUAUGUAUAUAAAUAUGUACAAUCCUAAAGAUCAUUAAGGGAGUAUCAUCAGUAAAACUGCUGAAAUGACUGUUCAUGUAGUCUAGAGGCAAUGGGCUUUAUACACUCACCUAAAGGAUUAUUAGGAACACCUGUUCAAUUUCUCAUUAAUGCAAUUAUCUAAUCAACCAAUCACAUGGCAGUUGCUUCAAUGCAUUUAGGGGUGUGGUCCUGGUCAAGACAA